CAGCAAGUGCGCUCGCUCCGUCCGCAAUCGCUCUCUCCGCAUUGUCUAAGGGAUGGGGCUUGGAAGGUGAAGAACAACGAUUUUCCUCCCCGAUAAUCAGACGGUGUUGACCGCAGGGAACCCGCAUGCCGGCAUAGAACAGUGACAGAUACACGGAUAAUCGAGCAGACCCAGGAUGGGCUGUGUCGGCUCUACGAGGGAGCAGGAGUCUCUGGGGAAGCAGGAGGCCAGCGAGGAUGCUGGGAAGGGGCUGCAGCCCCCCCACUACGUCAAGGACCCCACCACAGGGACCUCCACCUUGAAGGCUACCAGAAUGGCCUCCGACCCCCUUUCUGGUCCCGACGGACCAGAGUGCACAGUGAUCGCCCUGUACGACUACGAGGCUGUGAACGAGGGAGACCUGGCUUUCAAGAAGGGAGACAAGCUGAAGAUCCUGGUGGAGUCAGGGGAGUGGUGGAAAGCCAUGGCCAUGGCCACAGGCCAGGAGGGAUACAUCCCCAGUAACUACGUAGCCAAAGACACCCUGGAGACUGAGGAGUGGUUCUUUAAGGGCGUGAGCAGGAAGGAUGCAGAGAGACAGCUUCUGGCCUCUGGGAACAAAACAGGAUCCUUCAUGAUCAGAGACAGCGAGACCACGCAGGGCAGCUACUCUCUGUCUGUGAGGGACAGUGAUGUCCAGUCAGGAGACACAGUGAAGCACUACAAGAUCCGCUCGCUGGACAACGGAGGCUUCUACAUCUCCCCCCGCAUUACCUUCAGCACCCUGCAGGACCUGGUCAUCCACUACAAGAAGCAGGGUGAUGGUCUGUGCCAGGCCCUGACUAGCCCCUGUCUGAGCCCCAAGCCCCAGAAGCCCUGGGAGAAGGAUGCCUGGGAGAUCCCUCGGGACUCUCUGAGGCUGGAGCGUCGCCUGGGGGCCGGGCAGUUCGGAGAGGUCUGGAUGGCUACCUACAACAAGCACGCCAAGGUGGCGGUGAAGACCAUGAAGCCAGGGACCAUGUCCCCCGAAGCCUUCCUGGCCGAGGCCAACCUGAUGAAAACCCUGCAGCACGACAAACUGGUGCGCCUCAACGCCGUGGUAACCUGCGAGGAGCCGAUAUACAUCAUCACCGAGUAUAUGGAGAAAGGCAGUUUAUUGGACUUCUUGAAGAGCGACGAGGGCAACCGGGUCCAGCUUCCCAAACUCAUCGACUUCUCAGCCCAGAUCGCGGAGGGCAUGGCGUACAUCGAGCAGAGGAACUACAUCCACAGGGACCUGCGGGCCGCCAACAUCCUGGUGAACAAGGCUCUGGUAUGCAAGAUCGCUGACUUCGGCCUGGCCCGCAUCAUCGAGGACAACGAGUACACCGCCAGAGAAGGAGCUAAGUUCCCCAUCAAGUGGACCGCACCUGAGGCCAUCAACUUCGGCUCCUUCACCAUCAAGUCGGACGUGUGGUCGUUUGGGAUCCUGCUGAUGGAGAUCAUCGGCUACGGACGCACACCCUACCCAGGCAUGACGAAUCCCGAGGUGAUCCGCUCUUUGGAGCGAGGCUACCGCAUGCAGCGCAGCCCCAGCUGUCCUGAGGAACUGUACGACAUCAUGCUGGAGUGCUGGAAGAACAAGCCCGAGGAACGGCCCACCUUCGAGUACCUACAGAGUGUUCUAGAAGACUUCUACACUGCCACCGAGAGCCAGUACCAGCAGCAGCCGUAGACACACACACACACACUCUACAAACACACACUCUGCACACACACACUCUACAAACACACACUCUGCACACACAGUAGACAGUUUGUUGGGUAUGAUUAAAGCAGUGUGAAUGAUCCUAGUAGACUGUGAUAACUCUUAUUUAUAACCUAUAGAUCCCCUGCCUGGCCAUGCUCACCUUUGACCUGUUUGUGACUUUCAACCUUUGCACCAUAACACUCUUUCAAAAAGGAUUCAGUUUUUUACCUGAUUGUAUUCUGGGCACUAGGGUCUGUAAGGAGACUGUUUGUAGUGAUCUUUAAGGAGAUGGUUCCUUUAUCAUCUUAAGUGAUCUUUAAGGAGAUCUCUACGUCUGUAAUACGGUUGAAUACUGAAUACUGGAGCUGAUAUUUAAUGAGCUUAUCAUCUCUUUAUCCGUGUGUCCUGAAGACACAUCUGUAAAACUGUGAUGGCCCUUUUUGAGUCUUUAAUAGAAACUAUGCACUGUUGUUGUUGUUCUUCUACUAUAUCUGAGAAGUGUGUGUACCGAACAGAGGACAGCUUCAACUGUAUAACUGGAGGACGGGAUGGGGGGGACGUUUGCUAUUGGUUGCUUUUAUUCCAUGUGUAAUAAUGCUUUUUUACGCAAAUACCUUUUUUAAAAGAUGCUGUAUGAUAACUAAUUACAGUGAAUGAAAUACAGAGUAAAUAUAUUAAAGGUUCACAAAUCUGCUUCUGUACUUAACUAUGCGACACUGAUUAUUACGCUUGUGUUAUUCAGGGCU